AAAGGUGAGAGUCAGAUUGAUCGAGCGUUUUUGAAACCCUAAACAGAAACAAAUUGGGGGCAAAAUUAAAGGACCUUCGUAUUGGCCACUCGCUCAACCCCCUCGCGUGCGCGAUCAUCUUCCCCAGUCUCAGAUCGAAGCUCUCUCCUUCUCCACCUCCUUCGUCCAUAUGUAAUACACAGAGAGAGAGCCAAAGCUUUAUAUUAUCAUUUAAGAUAUGAUGGGAGGUGAUCCUGGUCCCUUAUGUUGGAAGAAGAGGAUGUCAUCAUCUUUUUGACAUUGACAAGGCUAGACAAUCUAGUUGGAUCUGUUAGUUACAUUGUACUUCGAAUGUCCAAAAUGAUAUUCUCCGAUAAUAAUCAGUUGAAAUUAAAUAAUCUCACUAUGGAUAUAGAUCUACGGCUACCUUCUGGUGAACCUGACAAAGAAGAUGAAGAACCACAUGGAAUUGAUAACAUGUUAGAACAUGAAGAAAAAUUGCAGAAUGGAGAUAUUGAGAAUGGAAACAUUGUGGAUGUUAGAGAUGAGGUACAUGCUGAAGAUGGCGGGGAUUUGAAUUCUCCAACAGCAGAUAUGGUAGUCUUUAAAGAGGAUACAAAUCUUGAGCCGCUUUUUGGUAUGGAAUUUGCAUCACAUGGGGAAGCAUACUCUUUCUAUCAGGAGUAUGCUCGGUCUAUGGGGUUCAACACUGCAAUCCAAAAUAGCCGCCGGUCAAAGACAUCAAGAGAAUUUAUUGAUGCAAAAUUUGCUUGUUCCAGAUAUGGGACCAAGCGUGAGUAUGACAAGUCGUAUAAUAGACCACGUGCCAGACAGAACAAGCAAGACCCGGAAAAUGCGACUGGUCGGCGAUCAUGCUCAAAGACAGAUUGCAAAGCUUCGAUGCAUGUGAAGAGAAGACCAGAUGGUAAAUGGGUUAUACAUAAUUUUGUGAAGGAGCAUAACCACGAGCUUUUACCAGCCCAAGCAGUUAGUGAACAAACAAGAAAGAUGUAUGCUGCAAUGGCUAGACAAUUUGCUGAAUACAAAAAUGUGGUUGGCCUAAAAAAUGAUCCCAAAAAUCCAUUUGAUAAAGGUCGGAAUUUGGCAUUAGAGGCAGGAGAUUUGAAGAUUUUGCUUGAUUUUUUCACACAGAUGCAGAAUAUGAAUUCCAACUUUUUCUAUGCAAUAGAUCUGGGAGAAGAUCAACGUCUGAAAAGUUUGUUUUGGGUUGAUGCAAAAAGUAGGCAUGACUACAUCAAUUUCAGUGAUGUGGUGUCUUUUGAUACCACCUACAUUAGGAACAAAUAUAAAAUGCCUCUUGUUUUAUUUGUUGGAGUGAAUCAGCACUAUCAGUUCGUGCUGCUUGGAUGUGCUUUGGUAUCAGAUGAAAGUACAACAACAUUUUCUUGGCUAAUGCAGACGUGGCUGAAAGCUAUGGGUGGGCAAGCUCCAAAAGUAAUAAUCACUGACCAUGACAAAUCGAUAAAAUCAGUUAUCUCAGAGGUGUUUCCAAAUGCUUAUCAUUGUUUUUGUUUGUGGCAUAUUUUGGGGAAGGUUUCUGAAAAUCUUGGCCAUGUAAUUAAACGGCAUGAAAAUUUUAUGGCGAAAUUUGAAAAGUGCAUCCACAGGUCAUCAACAAAUGAAGAGUUUGAAAAAAGAUGGUGGAAAAUUCUUGAAAAAUUUGAACUCAAAGAUGAUGAAUGGACUCAGUCAUUGUAUGAAGACCGAAAACAGUGGGUGCCAACAUACAUGAGGGAUGUUUGUUUGGCUGGGAUGUCUGUGGUUCAGCGAUCCGAGAGUGUUAACUCCUUUUUCGAUAAGUAUGUGCAUAAGAAGACCACUGUACAAGAGUUCCUGAAACAGUAUGAAGCAAUUCUACAAGAUAGGUAUGAAGAAGAAGCCAAAGCAGAUUCUGAUACAUGGAACAAACAGCCAACAUUGAGAUCUCCUUCACCUUUGGAGAAGAGUGUCUCAGGGGUGUACACACAUGCAGUAUUCAAGAAAUUUCAAGUUGAGGUUUUAGGUGCAGUUGCCUGCCACCCAAAAAGGGAAGGGCAAGAUGAGACGACCAUUACUUUCAGAGUGCAAGAUUUUGAAAAGAAUCAAGAUUUCAUUGUAACAUGGAAUGAAAUGAAGACAGAAGUUUCUUGUUUAUGCUGCUUAUUUGAAUACAAAGGUUAUCUUUGUAGACAUGCACUGAUUGUUCUCCAAAUUUGUGGCCUUUCCGCAAUCCCAGUUCAAUAUAUAUUAAAACGUUGGACAAAAGAUGUAAAGAACAGGCAUUUGGUGGGAGAAGAAUCUGACCAUGGACUAUCCAGGGUGCAAAAAUUUAAUGAUUUAUGUCAACGGGCUAUGAAAGUGAUUGAGGAAGGAUCUCUAUCUCAGGAGAGUUACAGUGUUGCAUGCCGUGCACUAGAAGAAGCUUUUGGAAAUUGUGUGAGUGUAAAUAAUUCUAGUAAGAGUCUGAUAGAAGCUGGCACAUCAUCAGUCACUCAUGGUCUGCUUUGUAUUGAAGACGAUAGUCAAAAUAGAAGUAUGGGCAAGACAAAUAAAAAAAAGAAUCCAACCAAGAAAAGGAAGGUGAACUCUGAGCCGGAUGUUAUGACUGUUGGGGCACAAGAUAGCUUGCAACAAAUGGACAAAUUGAACCCAAGAGCAGUAACUCUUGAUGGCUAUUACGGUGCACAACAGAGUGUGCAAGGAAUGGUUCAAUUGAACUUAAUGGCACCUACACGGGAUAAUUACUAUGGGAAUCAACAGACCAUUCAGGGGCUUGGACAACUGAACUCUAUAGCCCCAAGCCAUGAUGGUUAUUACAGUGCUCAGCAAAGCAUGCAUGGGCUGGGACAGAUGGAUUUUUUCCGAACACCAGGUGGUUUCACUUAUGGCAUGCGGGAUGACCCGAAUGUAAGAACUGCUCCAUUGCAUGAUGAUGCAUCAAGACAUGCUUAAGGAACAUGUUUCUCAUUGUUGGCAGCUUGCAUUUGAAAUGGGUGAAGGAGAUGUUUUGAAGAUAAUCUCUCAUGUAAAAAGAAAAAGGAAGAAAUGUAUCAUGCCUUGUGGGCAACCUCCUCUUUUGGUACCUGUACAAUAAGACAUGAUAGAGUAGGCUGUUGUUAAUUAUUUCCUAUGCGAUCUUAUUGGAAGUAGGAAGAAAAUUUGAUCAGGGUUCAUAUGUUUUGUAAAGGAUGUUGUAUUAUUGUACCCUCUGAUUGCUUAGCCUCAGUCAAUAGGGUCAGUUGAAAUCAGAAUAACUUAUUACUAGUC